ACUGAUAACGUUUAUAAUUAGUAUGAAUAAAUAUGUCGUCGAGUCAACAUGUAUAUUAUUAUGUUGUAUAUUCACCUAAAAUAUUUAAAAAGGAAUUUAUUGAUCAAAUAGUUAGAGAAUUCAAUGUAGUGUUAGAAAUUAGAGAGUAUGGUGUAAAUAAGAGGCAUGAACAUUCAAAUAUGGUUAUAAGAGAUGAUAGAACAUUGGCGGCAAUGCGUAUGUAUUUUACUAGAAGGACAAGUACUAAACACGAGGUGAAGGUUAAAAGAGUCAAAGAUAUAGCUAAUGUAGUGACGUACUGCACAAAAGAAGCUGACCAUAAGUACCAGGUAAACAUAUAUGAGUUGGAGAAGACAAUAGAAGAGUAUCAACAAGAAGGACAGAAGAAUAAGAGCGAGUCAGAACUAGUGGGAAGAUUUAAGAUGUAUGAAUGUAUUAAAUUCUGUCAAUGGUAUUUGGAUAGCGAUGUGAUAGAGAUAAGGGAGCAUCCAUAUUUGAAUGACGCGGUCCCACUGACGUUGGAAGAUUGCACGCGCAACGAGUUUAAAAUAAAUUGGCUGUUGAAUUAUUAUGUGCGCGCCACCGGCCAGUACAUCUAUCCGAGCAUGCGCACCACCGUUGUUCAGAAUCUUGUGCCGCUCGUAGAGCGACUUCGGGUUUUCCGAUCGGGCCCGAUGUUACCCGAUCGCGUGCGUUCCUCCCCUUGGUUAUAACGAAAGGGAGAACCACAAAUGGUGCAAUGCUGUGGUGCAAUGUGUAUCCGACACACAAGCCGAAGCUACAUCAGAAAUCUUCCAGCCACACAUGGUACUAGAUUGUUGUACCUUUGAGGACAGACUCGUCUCCACAGUUCUAGGCGCGUGUGCAGUAUAAUUCUGUUUAGUGAUGUAACUGUGAUUUAACUGUUACUGUGAUGUAAUCGUUGUUGCAGACCGAAUCGAUCGAUUUAUAAUUUGUAAUAUGAUAGAAUAAGAACUUUUUUGCUAGUUUUAAUUUUUUAAAGUUUUCCAACACUAAAUAAUAUCAAAUAUUUUUUUAAUUUUUAGUAUGUUUUAAAGUGGGAUAAUAACUAUAUUCGAUUAUUUUUAAAUGUAAAACUGAAACAUUGUAUUAAUGUUUUUAAAUAAAAUAAAUCGGUUCAUAUAU